AUGCACGGAUCCAACGUGGGAGAUCGAGAUCAAUCUUUUUUCCAGGAUCGAAUCUUCAUCGGAGGCGUGAAGUCGAAGAAGUAGGAAGAUUGAGAGCAAUGUUUUUAGUCCGAAAGAGAACCUCGGGUCGAGACAAGAAAAAGACGGUUGUGAUAGCCGAGCGACGGCCACACCGGAGGCACUGACCCACAUUCGAAUCGUCUUGCAGCCCGAAAGCCAAGGGCGCAUGCCUCUCGUCCACCAGCCGAUUUCCCUUUUCCGACUCGGCGUGCGGCCUCUGAGACACUCGCAACUUCUCUUGAUUCCUGACGUCGAUGACGCCGUUUGA